CUUAACUUUCAUUCUUGAUAGAAUUGCUUGAUUUCUUGUAUUUGAUUUUCUGUUCAUAUCAUACGCCAUGCCUGAAUUAGCCGAAAUUUAUCGUGUGGUACAUUUCAUUCGCCUCCACCUGGUUGGCAAGACCCUUACCAAAGUCUCCACGCAACAUGAUGACAUUGUCUAUGGCAAAGUAGGCACGAGUGCCGCAGAGUUUCAGAAGGCGAUGCAAGGAAAGACUAUUGUUGGCGCAGGACAACAAGGGAAAUACUUUUGGAUCACCAUGUCCUCCCCACCACAUGUUGUAAUGCAUUUUGGCAUGGCAGGUUGGCUCAAGAUCCGAGAUGCCGACACGUAUUACUACCGAACGGAAAAGCCAGAGGACAAGCAGUGGCCUCCAAAGUACUGGAAAUUUCUGCUGGAAACCGAUGGCGAUCCCAAGACAGAGGCCGCGUUUGUUGACUUCCGCAGGCUCGGUAGGAUCCGCCUGGUGGAUUGCCCGGCGGAAGAGAUCCGGAAUCAUAGCCCUCUCAAGGAAAACGGCCCGGAUCCCGUUGUCGACGAAGAUCUUGUUACAGAGAAGUGGCUUGGGGACAAGCUUAAAAGCAGGAAGAAGCCCAUCAAGGCGCUUCUUCUCGAUCAGGAAAACAUUAGUGGGAUCGGAAAUUGGAUGGGGUCUGUGCUCCUCCACCCGGAACCUUGAUCAUAGUCUACGAGCUGACAUUUGUCUAGAGAUGAAAUCUUAUAUCAUGCUAAAAUACACCCGGAACAGUACAGCAAUACACUGACAGGGGACCAGAUCAAACAGCUUCACUCCUCC